AUGUUCCCGGGUGGCCCGAACCCAACCCAAGUACAGUUCGUACCUCCUGGCAAGGCUCACAACUCGCCUCUGCCGCUCGUCUUGAUUCACGAUGGCGGCGGUACGACCUUUAGUUACUUUGUCCUGGGGAGCUUAGCACGCGAUGUAUGGGCCGUUCACAACCCCAACUACUUUGAAGGUUUGCCGUGGGAAGGAGGCAUGGAUGAAAUGGCAAAGAAGUAUCUUGAUUUUAUUGCGGGGGAGUUGGUUGGUCCCAUAAUGUUGGGAGGAUGGUCCCUUGGGGGGUAUCUGUCUCUCGCCAUGGCACGAGCCAUUGCCGCCAACCCAGGGGCGUAUCCCAUCUCAGUGGCAGGGCUUCUCAUCAUAGACUCGCCGUAUCAUAUUGCCAGGAGCAAGAUCACGGUGCCGACGUCCAAGCCUGAGCUGGCGGGCAUACCGCCGUUGGUGCAGAAGUCAUUCGACAACUGCGACGUUAUGCUUCAGCAUUGGGACCUGCCUUGGUGGGAUGCCUCGGACAGUGACGCCAGCACGGAUGUCAAGUUCACCGUCGCAGGUGAGACAUUCGCCGUCCGAGAGGGGGAGGUCCUCCACAAGCCUGUCGGCUCCGAUGGCAAGUGGCAGACGACUGCCGUGAAGACCUAUGUCAAAGACGCACAAACCGACAUAUCGGGGCCCGUUGCAGGUGGCAGCCCGCCGCCAGCUGUGCUGCUACGCUGCAUCAAACCUGCGAAACCGGCACCGAGCCAUGUGAGCAGUGGCAAGAGUCAAGAUGCCGCACCUCCUUGUUUGGUUGAUCUUUUCCGGGACGAGAAACUGCUUGGUUGGGAAGCGCGGUAUCCCUCAUUCAUCAAGGCGGUUAUUGAUGUCGAUGCGGACCAUUACAACCUCUUUGAUAGGAACAAUACUGUGGGGGUGGAAACGGUCACGGCGCAGUUGGUACAGGGGCUGGAAGUUUUGGAUGCCUUGCAUGAAGAGAGGAAGAAAUGUGUGAGGGGGCUUUAG